UUUUCCGUUACCACUUAACAGCCAUUUAUGCUCUGGCGGUCAUGCAAAGAAGGCGCAUGCGCUCAACCCCCCAAAUCGUGGGUCUCAGCGAUACAGCAGUCAACAUGUGCCAUAAAUAUUAACCGCUUUUCCCUCCUGGCCGUGCGUGUGGGUGCACUGUGCUCUCCGCAGUACCGCUCUGCGUUCUCCCGCUUCCGUUCGGCACCUCCAGCGCUCAGUACGGCACCAGGCUUCGACGGAAGUGGAACAAACCAAGCGGAAACAGACUCACGCGACAACAAAACCGAACUCGAAUAUGGAAAACUUUUUCCCCUGAGCCAAUAUAGCACUGAUAAACGCAACUCGGAGUGAACUUUAUGAAUGGUCAUGACUAAUUGUAGUCGCCCAACGGCAGCAGCACCAGCAUUCGACGUGUGAGCUCCAAAGGUGGAGGUUCCACCGUUUUCCAACGAAAGAUUUCAGUAUCUCGAUAUCUGUAUCUGUCGGUGUCUCAUUUGAGCGGCUCGAAUGAUCCGCCUGUAAUUAUGACUGCGUGAAGAAAUCAAUAAGAGGAGGAUGGCCAGCAAGCCCAUGAGCACCAGCUGCCAGAGCAUUGCAACGGCGGCCAGCAGUGCGGCCACCACGGCGGCGGCGGUGUCCAUAUCGGCCUCCAAUGCCACCUCCGUGGGGUCCCUCAUCGCAGCCGCCUGCCAGCAGCAGCAGCAGCAGCAACAUCCCCACCAGCAAUAUGCACAGUCCCAGCAGCAACACCUCUAUCAGACGCAUCAGCAAUCAUCGCACUAUGUCAAUGGCACCGGCAGCUUGGGAAGGCUCAAGUUCCACAAGAGUCUCGAUGCCAGCGACGAGGAAAUCGAGUAUGCGCAGCUAUCUCGUUCUACCCACAUCCUGGGACGCCAUAAGUCGGAGCGAUUUCUGGCCUCCAAUCCGGAUGAGGACCGAAGACGCCGCACUAUAAUCGUAGAGAAGAAGAAUAAUUCGUAUGGGUUCACACUCCAGAGCUACGGAAUCCACUACAAACGGGAUGAGGAGCUGGAAAUGAUCACAUACGUGGACUAUGUAGAGUACGGUGGUCCAGCCUAUCGCUCUGGAAUGCGGGAGGGCGACGUAAUCCUCUCCAUCAACGGCAAAGAUAUGGAGAAGGCCGACCACAAGACCAUCGUUGAGUUCAUCAAGCAGUGUGACACCAGAAUGCGAAUGGUAGUACUUUUUGAGGAUUGUGUGAGGAAGGUGGAUCUCCACAUGCGCUACAUCCAACUGCAGAGCUUGUUGCAGCAAAAGAUGAACGAGCUGGAGAGGGUUCAUUUAAGGGAGCGGGAGUUGUUGGAGGGCAAGUGGAAGACGCACAGUUUGCCAGCCCGAAAGAAGGCCAAUGCCAACACUUCGCCCAGCGAUGGAGAAGGUAUUUCCCCUACAGAAGGGGGUGGUGAAACGGGCUUUUAUCGUCCAGCCCUGUCCACAGAGGAUGUGCCUAAUAUAGCGGCCCGCCAGCAGGGAGUGGGCGGUCCAGGAAUCAUCCCGCCUCCCGCUCAGUUUAUGCUCACCUACCACUACCUAGAUCCCACUUACCGAUACGUUCUGCGACCCACCCACGGCAGCUCAGAGGAUUAUAUUGAUGGCCUUGGCCUUCAGAGGAGCAGCAGCGAUCAUCAGCAACCGGCACAGCGAUAUAUACUCCAGCGAACCGAAUCCGUGGAUACGAAUUCGGUGACUCAAACUCAACCAACAACCACGGCUCCUACUCAAUAUCACACCGCCACUGGUGGCUCGGUGAAGCCACCGGCACCACCACCUCGAACCUGUGAAAAGCACAAGCCCCCGGCUAAACCACCAAAAACUGAGAAGGAAAAAUCCACCGGGAAGCAUUAUCAUGUGGGACACUCCUGCAAUCCCUGCCUGGGACACUUUCGCUGGAAGUCGGCGGAGAAAUCUGCGGUUCCUGCGCCAGAUAACGUAAGCUUGGAUGCCUAUGAUCUGGCCAGUCCCUGCUGCGACACGCAUUGUGUACCGACGAGAAGACGCCAUCGCCAGCACAAGGAGCACACGCAUAAGCACAAGCACCGGGAAAGGGAGCGGGUGGAGAGCAAGGAGCAGAGGGUUAGACCCAAGUCCACAUCCCAUGCCUCGCCCAAUGCCAAUGGAGGUGCAGGUAAUGCAGGACCAGGGCAUCACCACCAUCAUCAUCAUCACCAUCACAGCCACGAACAGCAGCAGCAACAACAGCAGCAGCAGCAAAUGCAGGCAGUUCCCCACCAUCAUCACUAUUCCCACCAGGUGCAGAACCCCUGUCAGGUGCAAUCCCAAUCCGGCAGCACCCGUUCUCGGUACUUUGACUUGGCCUCCGGAUUGGCCAGCCAUUGCAGCUUGCAUUCCUGCACCUCGAGUGAGUUUGCUCCAGGGGAUACUGCUUCGUACACCACUUCCAUCAGCACGGAUACUUUGUUUUGGGACCCCAAAAGCGAGGCGGGUCAAUCCCGACAGCACUCCACAAAGUCAAGGCAAUCUUACGAGCAGCAACCACAACCACAAUCACAGCAGCAGCCACAACCACCACACCAGCAGCAGGCACAACCACACCAAGGUCACCACCACCAUCAUCAUCAUCAAGGGGAUUACCACCAGCGGUACCAUGUGACCGCCAACCAAAUGCAGCCCCAGCAGAUCUAUCCCAAUACUAUAGCUUAUGUUCAAAAGCCCAAAUCCUGGGACAAUCUCGCCAACAAGGCGGGCUAUAAUGUUGGUUACGGUUACCUUGAUACAGUGGCUGUAAAACCAGCCAUAAAAAUGCAGAUUGCCCAGCAGCGACACUCGAUGCCGCGAAGAAAUCCGUACGGGAGAUUCUCCACUUACGGCGAUGUCGAGAACUAUGCCCCACCGCCCACCGAGUUCGUGGGUGAGCUGACCACCACCACAACCACUACGAUUACGGCCAAGUCCACGGAGGAGCUGUUGGCCGCCUGCGAUUGCUUGACGCCGCAGCAACAGGCCGCUAUUAAGGCGGCCCAGUACCAGCUCAGCCAAAAUCAGAAGCUGACCCACCAGAACUCCUGCCAGAUGGGAUACUACUCGCACCUGCCCCGUCCCACCACGGAUGUGGGCACCUCCACUACCAGUCAGCAGGUGCAUGGGGCAGGGGAUGUCCAGACGACGUCCGAGGCCACCAGAUUGUAGAUUGUCUCGGCUGCAGAGAGAUCCAACCAGGAACCGUCUCAUGAAUAAUAAUAGUGCACUAUGAGUUGAAUAGGAAGACUUCCAGAGUUAAAUAGGUAUUAAACAGUUUUAAAAUCAAACAAUUAGGUUUAAAAUGAGUAUUGAGUUAAAUGAGCGUAGAAAGAAUUUUUUAAUAGUAUUUAUUUUUACAGAAUAUGGAACUCAACACGAUAUUAAAAUUGUAACCUAAUUAAAUAUUGGCACUUUAUAAUAGUCUGUUGUUUUGACUAUCAAGUUAUACUCGAAAAUUCUAAAUUAUGUAUUUUUUCAUAAAAUACGGAUAAGCCAAAGAGUGAAAUAAUUAGUUAAUUAAAUAUUUUAGAGUUUGACUGUAGGAGUUAAUGAAAUAUUUAGCUAAUUAUUUGGUAUCCAUAUUUAGUUAAUUGGGUAUGUGGAAUUAAAGUGAAAAAUAUAAGAACUUAGUACACAUUUUAAACUGUACUUAUGUAAGUCAACUCAAACGCUCAACCUUCGAUUAACUUGAUUCAACCACUCAUGAGUGCACUCACAUUCAGCUCCAUUCGCGUCUUAAAAAACCGAACAUCGAAAUCAUUUGAAAUGGUAAACGAAGCCAAAUUUUAAACGUUUAACUCAAACAGACAAAAUAUAAAAAUAUAGCUUAACUAUUCAAAUAUAUGUAGAGUGAGUUUCACAGGUAUAAGAUAAAUAUUUAGCAUCCAAAAAUCGCAAGACAAUACAGAGAGAUAAGCAGAAUAGAAGAUACUUCUAAGAGUAGAUGAUUCAAAAAUUAGUACACCUUAAGAUCUAUAUAAAUUACAAAUUUCUAGCUAUCUUAUGUGUAUGAAACUCACUUUAUGUAUAUGCGAUAUAACUAGGACGCAUUGACGUUUAGAUUUUUGGAUUUAUUGAAAGACUGAAAAGCCACGCGCAUAUUCCAAAUGAGAGAAAAAUCUGGCGUCUUGUAAUGAUAUAGGAUUACAUAUAUAUCUGUACAUGCCAUAUAAUAUGGUUAACCUAUCAUGCAACUAGAUACUGUUUUACAUGUAGCAUAUACACACACAUAAGCAUAUAUAUAUUUAUUGUGUACUGUGUCCGAACAAUGUAAUUUAUUUCAUUGUGAUAGUGAAAGAGCAGGCACUAAAAACCGCAACAAUUUUAGUCGCAAUUUUAUCAAGCAACCAACCAAAUAUAAUUUAAAACGCUUUUAUGUAACGCGAAAUGUAAAUG